AUGGAUCAUCGCCCGCAAGCCUGGGGCCGGCCCAGAGACGAUGUCUACGGCGCAUACGACGCCUCGUACAUGCAGACCAAUGGCCCCAAGCAGUCCACCCAGCAACCCAUCGUCACGGGCACCUCGGUCGUCGCCAUCAAGUUCAAGGACGGCGUCGUCAUGGCUGCCGAUAACUUAGCCUCGUACGGCUCCCUCGCCCGCUUCACCGACGUCAAGCGCCUCCGCCCCUUCGCCAACACCUCCAUCGUCGGCUUCUCGGGCGACGUCUCCGACAUGCAGUACCUCGACCGCCACCUCACCGACCUCGCCCUCACCGAGGCCUACGAAUCCUCCUCCUCCUCCUCCCCCGAUGGCGCCACCCCGCGCCUCUCGGCCGCGAACCUCCACCGCUACCUCUCGAAGCUGCUCUACCGCCGCCGCUCAAAGUUUGACCCCCUGUGGAACCACCUGCUCGUCGCCGGCCUCGACGACGCCGGCGAGCCCUUUCUCGCCGCCGCAGAUCUCCUCGGCUCAACCUACUCGUCCCCCAGCCUCGCCACCGGCUUCGGGGCCAUGCUUGCUCAGCCCAUCAUGCGCCGCCACGCCCCCGACGAGGAGGCCGCCCGCAAGCUCUCCCGCCAAGAGGCCAUCGACAUCGUCAAGGAGUGCAUGAAAGUGCUCUUCUACCGCGACGCCAGAAGCUUGGACAAGUACUCCCUCGCCAUAGUCACAAAGGACGGUGUCGAGCUGUCGACGGACGAGCACCUUGAGAAGCAGAGCUGGGCCUUUGCCGACAGGAUCAAGGGCUACGGCACCCAGACGGUCUGA